AGGUACACAGUCACCUCAUUUAUAGCUAGAACUUCUGCCUGAUAAAUGCUGCAGUGGUCCGGAAUUCGGACGGAUAAUUCCAGUCCUAAUUCUGUAGAAAAAACUCAGUAGCCAACCCGGCUGUCUAGCUUGGAUCCAUUCGUGUAAAAAUUUAUUUCUCCACUUAACAUUCUCUUAAAAAGGAAUCUCCACAGCUUUGUAAAUUAGCUGGGAGAUUGCGAGUAGCCUAUGUGUCCUUGAAAGGAGAAUUACCUCAGUUCCGCGACCCCUACUCUCUGCCCACUUUCUAAGCGUGGCAAUAUUUUAGCGCAGAAUGUCCAUUAGAGUCAACACCAAAAUCUUCUAAGGCACCCGUUAUGGCGCUUACAUUGAUGUUGUUGAAAGCAGCUUCCAUGUCUACAAAAUCAACCAAAGCAUACUCCUGCCUAAGCGAUUCCUCGCUACCCAUUUUCCAAUUUCUCGUUUUUGCCAGGACUUCGUAACAUUAGUCCAUUGGAAAUACGCGCAAGAUCGUUUUUAAAAUACAUUGGCACGAUUAUUAUAAAUGGCUGGAGAGAUAUGUGUCCGCACAUUCUUUGCUCCUCGACCAAAAAUACUUGAAAACAAAAGAUAAGCAAUCAUUUUAUAUUAAUCACAUCAUUCAAGUUUGUUGUCGUUUCAAAUAAUUUUUUGGAUAUUGAAUGAAAGAGUUUUGAAAAAUUUUCUGUUGGUAAAUACAGUCCCAAUUUUUAAAUAAAAAAUUGCAAUUCGCACAGACAAGCGUAAGAGUAACAGCCAUAUUGUACGCCUCUUUGUAGAAAGUCAACCCUUUCAGAAAGGCGACAAAUGAAUCGAAAUAGUCAAAAUUUGGAGUUUACUCAAAAGUUAAGUGCGAAACCAGGAGAAUGUCUAGAGCGGCGUUCCCAUCCCUAUUUCAAGUUAACACGACCGACAUGUGCCUCCGGCGGCGACAUGGCCACCGCUUCAGAGAGCUUGCCUUGCAAUUCCAAGAAUUCCAGUUAUCAAAGUUUAAGUUACAAAAGUGAUCCGUCGGAGGAGCAAUCCGAAGAUGCCAUUCAAAUAGAGGAUUCGCAAGCUAUUAACGCCGCAACGAGCGAUGUGAGCAAUUCUCUCGAGUUGAGAUCAUCAUGCCAUGCCACUGGUAAGCGAAAGUCUAAGCAUUGUGAAGUCGCUUCGAAAUUGAAAGCUGAAUUAUCCAAGUACAAAAAAGAGUUGAAAGAGUAUAAUAACACAACAAAAGAUUUGGAGGAGAAAUAUAUGAAAAUCAAUUUUGAAUUGAAUGAAAUGCAGCGGAAACACGAUCGCUUCGUCGCCAACCGCAAAUGCAAAAAAGAAACGAAUGCCUAUUCGGACAGCAGCAGCAGCAGCAGCACCGGCUCGGAGUUCUCGCUGAAGCGAAAGUACACACAAAUAUUUCAUCGGGGCAGCAGUUUCAUGACCAUGCUGCCACCCGAUUGUACCACAUCGAAUGAAAAUAUCGAAAAUGAAUGCACUAUGCAGGCGGAAGGCGUAGCAGCAGUUACGCUUAGAAAACGCAAACUAACAUCGGCAUCCGAGUAUUCCAGCUUGCGACUGCAAAAUAGUCAAAUGCCACAGAAACGUACGUCAAAGCGUAAAUCGCUUAACAAGGAGAACGAAGCGCCACACCACCCAAUAACACGCGCUACGGAGAAAUUCAAUCCACGUGACCAAGCGGCGGGUCUCAAGGACAUCUACAAUGUGUUGAAGAAUGUUUUGGACAACAAUCAGAAGACGCAUAGUCUGAGCAAGAGCGCCGACCUAAAAGCGAUGCAGUCGACCAUUGUGAAUCUGCAAAAUGAACAGAUGCAAUUCCGCAACAUAAUUAAACAGCAACACAACUGCCUACAGGAUUACCAUACUCGCUGCAUCAAGGCGCAGCAUAUAAUGCAAGUGCAGCAAAUAGAAAUCGAGAAGCUCAACUCGAAUAAUCAUCAGCUCGAAACGGAAAUUAGCACAGGCAUCGAUCAGUUGCGUCACAAGAUCGAUUCCAAGUUGCGCGAUGUGUCGCACCUGCCGCAAAUUGUACGCGACGAGCAAUCCAAGUGCGAGAAGUUGCACAAAGAGAAUAAUGCGCUGGCCGAACGAGUGCGUUCGCUGCAGGUCGAGGCGAGUCAGUUGAAAAUUAAAAUGGAAGAAUUGGCACGCCGCAAAGUGAUGACCAUUAAUCGUUUAAAGGCAGCAGAUCGUGAUCUCAAAAUUUUCAAAAACUACAAUACAGCACUAAAGCAUGAGAAGCAAAAGCUGGCCGAGGAGCUGCAGAAAGUGAAAGAUCAAUUGGAUAGCGUGCAGAAUACGAACAAGCGAACGUUGGCGCGUCAGCGUGAGCAGACGGAGAAGCAGCGUAGAGAUUUGCAGAAGCGCGUCUUCGAACUUGAAUUGAAGCUGAAUCGUAGUCAGAAUUCAACGACGAGCUUAAUUCAGGAGCGAGAUAGCUUAAUUGCCGAGCUGCAGACACAACUGAACACACUGGUGCACAAUUUCGAGGUGUCGCAGAAGCACAUUCGAGUGCUGCGGCGGCAUAUCUACGCCAUGUCUGGCGGCAAUGUGCGCUGUCCCAAUUUGUUCAAUGAGAAUAUGUAAGGAUGGGCGCAGGCAG